AUGUCGAAGGAAACAGAUCUCCUUAAGAUCUUGGUCUCAACUGAUAAUCAUCUGGGAUUCGGUGAAAAGGAUGGUCUUCGUGGAACGGAUUCCUUUAUAACUUUUGAAGAAAUCCUUUCUAUGGCUUCUCGACUUGAGGUUGACUUAAUUUUGCUCGCUGGAGAUUUAUUUCACGAUAGCAGACCUUCAUUGGGCACCUUAAAUGAAGCUAUGCGUCUAAUACGAUUGUACUGCAGUGGUGAGAGACCCAUUUCCUUUGAACUAUUGAGUGAAGCCAGGGAAAACUUUGCUCACACAACUUUUCCUACAGCCAACUAUCUUGAUGCAAAUUUAAGCAUAAAAUUACCUAUCUUUACUAUUCAUGGAAACCACGAUGAUCCUUCUGGGGCUGGUAGUUUAUGUGCAGCUGACCUUCUCCACACUUCCGGAUUGCUUAAUCUUUUUGGUAAAAAUCCAUCCAUCGAGCAAUUAAAAAUACGUCCUUUGCUUAUUCGGAAGGGAGACACGAAUAUCGCCAUUUAUGGAAUCGGUUCUGUCCGAGAAGAACGGAUGCAUCGUCUAUUUGUUAGCAAUGCAGUAGAAUUCAUUCGACCAGAAGAUGAUGUGGCAGGUGCAGAAAAAUGGUUUUCUCUUGCUCUUAUUCAUCAAAAUCGAUCACGGCACGGCCCGACAAAUUACCUCCCCGAAGAAUUUUUGCCAAAUUUUCUGGACUUGGUUAUUUGGGGUCACGAACACGAAUGCCGAGUCGAGCCUGAGUGGAAUGCAACUCAAAAUUUUUAUGUAGUUCAGCCUGGAAGUUCAGUGGCUACAGCACUUACUGAGGGAGAGUCAUUGCCAAAAGCAGUUGCUAUGCUGGAGAUAUAUAAGAAAGAAUUUAAGGUGAGAACUAUGCCAACAUUGAUAAGAAAUUUGAGGUUCGACAUGUUAUAUAGCAUUUCCUUGAUACUUUGCCAGCCUAACUAUAGAAGAGAGUAG